AUGGAUUACAAUGAUGAUUCAUCACCACUACAGACAUUAAAACAACAGUUAAAAUACGCACAUAUUUCAACAGAUAAACAUCAAACUAGAUUAUAUAAUAACGAUCGUGAAAGUAUUUAUUCAUUUGAUUCAGUAAGUACAAAUGGUAGAUUAUUAGAUAGGUUGGGACUAGAUGAUAAUGAUGAAGAAGAAGGAGAAAAUGACGAAAAUUUUUAUGAUAAAAGACAAAGUUAUAUGUCGAUUCAAUCUCAACAAUCUACUGGUAGAUUAUUAGAUCGAUUAGAUAUGGACAAUUAUUCAAUCAAAAAUAAACCUUUAAACAAUUUAAACAAUAUAAGAGGAUUACAACAACAACCACAAUACUCACAAAAUUCAAUAAGAUACCCACAACGGCAAACAAGUUUGAAAAAUCAAUCACCAAACGUUCACGUAAGAUAUGCUCCAAUGAAUUUAGUGUUUGAGAAUACAAACACUUCAUCAGAAUCAAUUGAAUCUAAUAAAGCUCAAUUAAAGAAAACUACACCAGCACCAUCUUCGAGUGAAUCUAUUCCAGUAACCGUUUCCACAAAUUCUUCAUCUUCCAGAUCUUCAGUUGAAACGACUAGACCAACAACUAAAGAAUCUGAGAAUUAUGAAUCGUCACCUAAAUUAGGACAUCAACGUAAUUUAUCAGAUUCGAAAUUUCAUAGGCGAAACUUGUCUGAAACAAUGUUAAAUUCAGAUUUAUCUGCUGAAGAAAGAACAUCACUAGCAUUGGAAUUGAGAAGUUUAGGUAAACAUAGAGAAGCUUCAUAUCAAUUGCAAAUUUCAUCGAAUGAACCUUACAAUUAUCCUAGGGCAAUGUUUUUGUAUGCAAUGGCUUUAAAAUUUGGUCAAGGUGUCAAACAAAAUGAUAAUCAUGCAGUAAAAUGGUUAUGUAAAUGUAUACUAGUAUCAUCAAGUCAUUUGAAUUCAUCAAAUGUUUCAAUGAUAUUAGAUAAAUUGAAUUUCCUAAGCUCAGAUGAGAUUAUUAAAUUAAUUGUCAAAAAUCUAGACAAUACAAUUGAUAAAGAUCCUUUACAGAAUGGUCAAAAUUUACCAAAUUUAGAUUCACAUUUCCAAAAAUUGACUAAAGCUCAAAUUGCCAAAGUUGUAAAUAUAUCAAAUAAGAAAUUGGAUGUUAUUGCAUGUUCUUAUCAUGAAUUAGGCAAUUAUUUACUCCUAGGUAUUGGUAUAAGCUCAAAAGAUGAAAUGAAUGGUAUAAAUUUACUUUCUAAAGCUGGUUCAAUGGGAUAUAUACCUUCAAUGAUACAAUUAGGUGAAUUAUGGACAUCAAAGACAAAAAAUCAUAAAAAAGAUUUAGUUAAAGCUGCUGGUUGGCUUAGAGUAAGUGAAUUUUUUGGAUUCAAAUCAAUUGGGAAUAGUUGGAUUUAUAAAGAGAAAUAUAUGUAUUAA